AUGGGCCGCACAACAAUGGCAGGCAAUACAUUCCUCCUGGCUCUCAUCGCCGCCCUCGCGAGGACCGCCUACGCCGCCACGGUCUCGCACGACUUCAACAUCGGCUGGGUAACGGCGAACCCAGAUGGCGCCUUUGACCGCCCAGCCAUUGGCAUCAAUGGGCAAUGGCCGAUUCCUCGCAUUGAUGCCAAUGUCGGGGACACCGUUCUCAUCAACGUCCACAAUGACCUGGGGAACCAAUCGACGUCCCUUCACUUCCACGGCUUGUACAUGAAUGGCACGACUCACAUGGACGGACCGGCGCAAGUCAGCCAGUGCGCCAUCCCGCCGGGCUCGUCAUUCACGUACAACUUCACUGUGAGCAGCAGCUACAAAGACGAGAUGGGAGAAGAAUGGUCUCAGGGCGCCCUCAUCAUCCACGACCCAAGCUCCCCGUUCAAGGACCAGUACGACGAAGAGGUUGUCGUCUCCCUAUCUGACUGGUACCAUGACCAGAUGGCCAACCUCAUCCCGGGCUUCAUAAAUAAGGGCAACCCCACCGGCGCCGAGCCCGUCCCGCAGGCCGCCCUCAUGAACGACACGCAGAACCUCACAGUAUCCGUCCAGCCCGGCAAGACGUAUCUCUUCCGUAUGGUCAACAUGGCCGCCUUCGCCGGCCAGUACGUCUGGAUCGAGGGCCACAACAUCUCCAUCGUCGAGGUCGACGGCGUCUACACGGAGCCGGCGGAGGCGAGCAUGAUCUACAUCUCCGCCGCUCAGAGGUAUAGCUUCCUAGUCAAGACCCGGAACGACACCACGUCCAACUUUGCGAUUGUCGGCAGCAUGGACACCGAGCAGACCCUUUUCGACACGCUCCCCGCAGACCUCAAUUACAACGUCACAGGCUGGCUCGUCUACGACGCCUCGAAGCCCCUCAGCCCGCCGGCAACACUUGACACCUUUGACCCGUUCGACGACAUGACCCUCACUCCUUACGACAAACAGCCCCUCCUUCCCGAGCCCUCGCGGACCGUCGAGCUGGACGUGAUCAUGGACAACCUCGGCGACGGCGCAAACUACGCCUUCUUCAACAACAUCACCUACAAGGCCCCCAAGGUCCCGACCCUUUAUACCGCCCUCUCCGCCGGCGACGCCGCCGCCACGAGCCCGGAGGUCUACGGCGACUACACGCACAGCUUCGUCCUCGAGCGCGGCGACGUCGUCCAGAUCGUCGUCAACAACCUCGACUCGGGCCGCCACCCCUUCCACCUGCACGGCCACGACUUCCAGGCCCUGUACCGCGCGCCCGAGGAGGGCGGCACCUUCGCCGACGCCAACGUCACCGAGGCCGACUUCCCCGCCAUGCCCAUGCGGCGCGAUACGCUCGUUGUGUGGCCGAACGGAAACAUUGUUUUGCGCUUCCGGGCGAACAACCCGGGCGUCUGGCUUUUCCACUGCCACAUCGAAUGGCACGUAACAUCAGGCCUACUGGCCACCUUUGUCGAGGCGCCGCUGGACCUCCAAAAGACGCUGUCCAUCCCCCAGAGCCACCUAGACGUCUGCGCGGCAGCCAACGUCCCGACCACCGGCAACGCGGCAGGGAACACCAAGGACUUCCUGGACCUGAGCGGGCAGAACGCACCGCCGGGGCGUCUUCCUGAUGGGUUUACCGCACGGGGAAUCGUGGCCCUCGUCUUUAGCUGCGUGACAGGCAUCCUCGGGGUUCUCGUUGUGGCAUGGUACGGUCUGGCCAAGACAGAGGACGGUCCUUCCGGGGCCCGAUACGCGGGUUCGGCGUCGGGUACGGCCGCGACGGUGGCACACACCGGCGAUGCUCAGCAGAAAGAACCAGUCAUGGUCGGAGCCGUGUCCGGCGGGUCGGGUGCCGCUCGGACUUGA